UCGCUGCUGGGCGCCGGUAACGGAAAUUCACGAAUAAUUUUUUUUUCGCGCUGUACGUGUUUAAACGGCGUCCGUCGCACGCCACUGCAUCAGAACAAAGCAAUAGUAAAGCUGUGUUUGAACUAACAUUCAGAAGCAGCAGUUAUAGCAGAUACUCAGAGAAGAGAUUUCCGACUAUAGUCGCUUUCAAGCUGCAUCUGCUGCAGUCGCUGACAUUGACGUCGACGUCGCUGCCUUCUUUGACGACGCUGUCGUUAAUCGUCGCCGCUGUAGCAGAAGGGAGGAAGCCUCAAAACAACAGAGGCCCGGAAGGCCGCAUAAUAAUAUUUGCAUAUUAUUCUCAUAAUGACUUCGUACAUCGAACUGCUGGGAUUGUUUGUGCUGCUUAUGUUGCCGUUCCUGUACGAGACAAAUCACAUAUUCAGAUACUAUUUCAAAUUUCUGAUCUACUAUGGCGUCGUGUCCUUCAACUCGAUCGUCCUUAUACCGGCCUUUCUGACACGACCCUGCGAUGUCCGCAAUCUGCUCUGGGCAAGCAGCUUCUGCCAUCGCAUUUCGACGCUUAUUGGCCUCCGCUGGGAGUUGCGCGGCAAGGAGCAUUUGGAAAAGGAUCAGGCCUGCAUUAUAGUGGCGAAUCACCAGAGUUCGCUGGAUGUGUUGGGCAUGUUCGAUAUUUGGCCCGUGAUGAAUAAAUGCACGGUGGUGGCGAAGCGUGAACUCUUCUAUGCGUGGCCGUUUGGUUUGGCUGCUUGGCUGGCCGGCCUCAUCUUCAUAGAUCGGGUGCGCGGUGAGAAAGCGCGUGAUACCCUGAAUGCGGUGAAUCGGCGUAUUAAGCAAAAGCGCAUAAAGCUGUGGGUGUUCCCAGAGGGGACGCGUCGCAAUACUGGAGAGCUGCACCCCUUCAAGAAGGGUGCCUUUCACAUGGCCAUCGAUGAGCAGAUACCCAUAUUGCCUGUAGUAUUUAGCUCCUAUUGCACAUUCCUGAACGAUAAGAAAAAGAUACUCAAUGCUGGACACAUUGUGAUCACAACGCUGCCUCCAGUUAGUACGAAGGGACUCACCAAGGACGACAUUGACACGCUAAUGGAGCAUGUACGUGGCCAGAUGCUGGAGACAUUCAAGCAAUCAUCGGCGGAGACUUUGCAGCGCUAUAAGCCGCACAAGACAACGCCGCCAACAACAGUUAAUGGUGCUGAGGCAAUGGUCGCCGCUGCUUCCGCAUCCGGCUAUGCGCCGCUGCAUGUGAGCGCCUCUUAUGAGACAUACAAGGCGACGGCCACAAAGGCGACCAUGCAAUCGCUGAAGACCCUGUAGGUGUUGCUCAGGUGUGUGCUCAGGUCAGCUUUAUAGCAUGGAAGUGGAAGUGCAAGUGUGCAGCAGAUGGAUGAUAUAUUGCACGACGCUAGCUUUACAAUAUUUUAAUCUAUUCUAACAAUUGGCUCGCCUGGCGGUGACUGCAUGUACUACGAGCAGCGCCACCAAGCGGCAAAACAAAUUGCGACUGUCAAAAUUGUAUUUUUUUGUUUUUUGUUUUGUAUUUGUUUUGUUUUUUUUUUUUUAAUUAAGCAACACAUACCAAAAACGUGAAAACGCUAAAAAUAGAGCAUGUAGGUAUAUUUAUAUGGACAGCGGCUAAAGAUAUGGCUAAUAUAGCAAUUAAAUCUGAUCAUAUCUGAUCUGAAAUCAUACAAAAUACAAAUAAAUGUUGACGAAAAUAGGGAGGGCUGGGGAGAAACAUUUUUAACGAAUUUUUAACACACAAAUGCAAAGCGUCUCUAUUACUAUUAUUAUACUAAUUAUACUUUUUUUCUACACUAAGACUUAUCCAAGAAUAAUUCAGAAAUAAUCGUAUUAAAUAAUUAGACACAACAACCAACCACGUAUUACAAACUUAAUAUUCUUCAAUUAAGUUAAUUAAUUACGCCAUUUUGUAUUCAAAAUGUGUAUUUUCAUAGACAUUUUCAAACUUGUAAUCGCAACUCACAUUAUAAAUGGACGAUUUUGGAAAUAUUGUACAGACUUUGGUUCAUCGAAAUUCAUUAUUUUGGAUCCCAUUGUAAUUCCAUUGAAUUUUUGUUCAAUUGGCUAACAACAAGUACGUCUAUAGGCAAUACUACUAUAUAUAUCUUUCUGUUCGAGUGUUCUCUAUUGUGUAUUAUAUAUUAAUGUGUUAACUCUUUAAUGUAAAUACGAAGAGAGCAGCGGCUUAGUUAAAUAACAAAUCAAAAUAAAUAAAUAACUUAAUAUGA